AUGGCUGCCGAAAAAUCGCCCUCCACCGUUGUGGAAAAGAAGACUAGUGAGAAACCAGUGGAGACUCCUAAGGAGAAGCUGCCGGUGGUCAAUGAGAGAGAAAAAAAGAAACAGACCUUUAUCACAAGAACCAUAUGGUCAUUGGUGAUGAUUCUUGGGUUUGUUGUGACGAUUUUGCUGGGCCAUGUCCCACUUAUUGGCAUCGUUCUCUUGUUUGAGACAUUAACCUUCAAGGAGAUCAUCGCCUUGACGUCAGAACCAGCUAGAGAUAAAAAUAUCCCUUGGAACAAGUCGCUCAACUGGUACCUUUUGGUAUGUACCAUGUACUACUUGGAUGGUGAAUCGUUUUUCCUGUUUCUCGGUGAAACAGUGUACUCACUGAAGGUGUUAACGUUCUUAUACAAAAACCACAAGUUCGUUUCGUAUGGACUUUACAUUUUGGGCUUUGUUCUUUUCGUGUGGACCUUGAAAAAGGGCUUCUACAAGUUCCAGUUUAUGUCGUUGUGCAUCACCCACACCACCUUGAUUCUUGUCGUGUUCCAGGCUCACCUCAUCAUCGAAAACAUCUUCAACGGUAUCAUCUGGUUUUUGCUCCCAGUUUCGUUGGUCAUUGUGAACGACAUUUUCGCCUACCUCUGCGGUAUUACAUUUGGAAAGACCCAAUUGAUUGAGAUCUCCCCCAAGAAGACUGUGGAGGGUUUUGUAGGUGCAUGGUUCUGUACCGGUGCUGCUGGUGUCGUUUUUGCCCACUUUUUGUCCAUGUCCGACUACUUGAUCUGUCCUGCGGUCAACUUGCAAACCAACGUCUACAACUACCCACACUGCGACCCCAACCCAGUGUUCAUUCCGCAGAUUUACCAGAUUCCAUCCAACAUUGCCGCAUGGACCGGAAUCAGUGUGAUCACCAUGAUGCCUAUGUAUUUCCACGCCGCAGCCAUUGCUACGUUUGCGUCGUUGAUUGCUCCAUUUGGAGGUUUCUUUGCUAGUGGCUUGAAGAGAGCCUUCGGAAUCAAAGACUUUGGAGACACCAUUCCAGGACAUGGAGGUAUCACGGACAGAUUCGACUGUCAGUUCUUGAUGGGUUCUUUCUCGUACCUUUACUAUCAGACGUUCAUUGCAUCCAGCAACAUUAGCUUGGGUAAAGUGUUGCAGAUGGCUGUGUUCCACUUGUCGACCGACGAGAUUGAGCAAUUGGUGAUGUCGCUAUUGAAAUACUUGAACGCUUCAGGUGCGUUAGAUCAAGCCAAGUUAGAGCAAAUUUUCAACUUGAUGAACUAA